AUGGCGGCUGGUUACUGGUGUGGUGACGGGAACGGGUGGGGCAGCAGCUCUGGCUGGUACAGGUGGGGCAGUGGGUGCAGUUCUGUGCGGUUCUACCCAGUUUUGCGCGGUUCUGCACGGUUCAGUGCGGUGCUGCACGGUUCUGUGCUAGGUGAGUACCGGGUGGGGCAGCAGCUCUGGCUGGUACAGGUGGGGCAGCGGGUGCAUUUCUGUGCGGUGCUGCGUGGUUCUGUGCAGUUCUGCCCUGUUCAGUGCGGUGCUGCACGGUUCUUGCGGUUCUGCCCGGUUCUGCGCGGUUCUGCACGGUUCAGUGCGGUGCUGCGCGGUUCUGUGCGGGGGAGAGUACGGGGUGGGGUAGCAGCUCUGGCUGGUGCGGAUGGGUCAGCAGGUAAGCGACGCACGCGCGGGCGCUGGCCAGCGGGGCACGCGCUGGCGCUGGGCAGCAGGGCGCACGCUAGCGCUGGGCAGCGGGGCACGCGCUGGCGCUGGGCAACGGGGCACGAGCGGACUAAGGGCAGUGGGGCGCGCGCUGGCGCUGGGCAGCAGGGCACGUGCUGGCGCUGGGCAGCUGGGCGCGCGCGGGCGCUGAGCAGCGGGGUGCGCGCUGGUGCUGGGCAGCGGGGCAAGCGCGGGCGCUGGGCAGCGGGGCACGCGCUGGCGCUGGGCAGCGGGACUGUUAGAGACUAA